AUGAAGAUCAAGGGUUUACUAUUGGCUUUUUCUCUCCUGGUUUUUGCAUUCAUUGAUCAUUCGGAAUCAGCUUCAGUGCGGAGUUUGCUUCUGAAGAAUGGAAUGUACGAAGAAGAAGCACAAAUUUUAAAGGACGACUCCACGGAGACGAUCACUAACUCUACAGCUUUGGACUCAAAACGGAUAAUUCCCACGGGUCCAAAUCCACUACACAACAAGUAG